AUGGGUGUCGACAUCAACCAUAAACACGAUAGGAAAGUACGGCGCACGGAAGUUAAAUCUAAGGAUGUAUACCUUAGAUUGCUUGUUAAGCUGUACAGAUACUUGGCAAGACGUACUGAUGCUAAGUUCAACCAGAUUAUAUUGCGGCGGUUAUUCAUGAGCCGUAUUAACCGUGCUCCUAUCUCUUUGUCACGUCUUGUUCGCCACAUGAAGAAGCCUACACGCGAAGGUCUGAUCGCUGUGGUUGUUGGCACUGUUACCAACGAUGUGAGGCUUUACACUGUUCCCAAACUGACUGUUGCUGCUCUCCAUGUGACAGAGAAGGCCCGUGCCCGUAUUUUGGCCGCUGGAGGAGAAAUUCUAACCUUCGACCAACUAGCGCUCCGUGCACCCACUGGCCGCAAGACAGUGCUAGUCCAAGGCCGCAGGAAUGCUCGUGAAGCUGUUCGUCACUUUGGCCCAGCACCUGGUGCUCCACGCUCACACACCAAGCCCUAUGUUAGAUCAAAGGGUCUUGAACGCGCUAGACCUCAUCGUCGUUCUAACAAGUAA